UUUUAAAUUUCAUUUUAACCCCCUUGAAGUUUAAAUCUAUUGUUCCUGUAUAUAUUUUAUUUUUUAAAAUUAAAAACUUUGUUUUUCAGAAUUAAAAUUUUUAUUAAAAGAUAUUCUUUUUUUUUUUAUUUUUUUAAUAAAUAAAAAAUAAUUUUAAAUUUCAUUUAUUUUAUAAUUUUUAUAUAUGAUUAUAAAUUGAUUAUAAUGUAAAAAUUGUUUGAUUAUUUUUUGUUAAUUAUUUUAAAUAUUGUUUAUAAAUGGUUUUUAAUAAGUUUUAAAAUAAUUAUUUUGGAUACAAUAUUGACUUCUAUUGAAUUAAUUAAAAAAUAAACUAUAUUUUUUCGGAAUAUUAGCUAUAUUCUUAAAUAUAUAAUAAAUUUUUAAUAAAAAUUAUAUAAAAUUUAUAAAAACAUUAAAAAAUAUGAAUUGAUAAUAUAAAACUACUUUAUUAUCUAAUAAAAAUUAUGAUUUAAUAAUAUAAUAUUAUUAAAUUAUUAAUAUAUUAUGGUAGAUUUUUCUUCUUAUUAUAAUUAAUCUUAUUAUUAUAAUAAAUUAUAAUAUUUGAAUAAUUUUAUUUAAAAAAUGAAUUUUUUCUUUUCAUAAAAAUAUUAUAAUCAAAUAGAAUAAAAUAUUAAAUCAAUAUUUCGUUGCUUUGGUAACCAAACAUCAAUUUAUUAUUUCUGAUAAGACAUUAAGACAGUACGUUUUAUAAGACUUUUAUAUAAACAUUAAUAUUUAUAAUAAUUGUUAUUUAAAUUAUGGCUAAGUCUGUAACUACAUAUGAAAAACCUUUACCACAUAUAAGUUUAGCAGAUUGGUAUGCUAAACAGUGGGAUCUUCAGCAAAAUGCAGCUUUCAAAAGUGAAGAUGCAUUUAAAUUAAGAAAUACGGGGAAAAUUGUUUGUUCAGAGACAAUGGUGAAGACUAUUUGGGAUACUUACAUGAAUAAUACCCGUCUUGCAGAUAGAGUAACAGAAUUAUCACGUUGGAGAGAACUAUUUCAGAAUUUAUUAGACAAAUUAGUUGCAGAAAUUAAAUUAUUAAAAGAUGAGAAACUUGAUACAGAAAAAGAAAUAGAAACUUUAAAUUUUCCAUUACAAUUAACAGCAGAAUGUAUUUCUAUGAGAGAUUGUCGUAGAGGAACAGAACUUACAUAUGAUGAAGCUGAUACAGAAUUGAAAAAAGAACUCUGUGUUAUUGAAAAUAUUAAAAAAUUAUUAACUCAAAGAGUGCAAGCUUCAUGGGAAAAGCUAAAUCGUUUAGAAGAAGUAAGAUUUACAAUGCAAUUAGAAGUGGAAGAUAAGGAUGAAACUAUUAAAAUAGAUAAAGAAAAUCUUAAUUUAGAUAGAACAUGUGCAAAUAUUAGCUAUAAACCAAAUGCAUUAAGAACUCCAAAAGGUUCAAUAUCUUAUGAAGCUUGGUUAGAACAUUGUCGUUAUGUUAAAACUUUAGCUGAUAAUGAAUUAAGCGAUGUAUAUACUUUUCGAGAAGCUUUAAAUGUAAUGCGUGAACGUGCUAGAAAUGAUAUUAAAGCUCAACAAGACGCAACGGAUUUUAGUUUACGUAAAAGAAUAUAUCAAACGCAAAAAGCUAGAAAUGAAUUAGAAUGGCAAAAACUUAAAAUUCAAAAGGAAAUGGAGAUUUUACAGAAAGAAAUAGUGAGACAAGAAGAUGCUUUACUACAUAAAAUUGAUUCAAUAAAAUGUGCACAAACAAGAUUAGAAAAUCGUACUUACCGUUCUGGUUUUGAACUUUGUCGCGAUGAAGCUGAAUUAGGUUUAAAAGAUGAAGUUUUAAACUUGACACAAACUGAAAAAGACUUAACUAAAGUUUUGGAAAAUUCAAAAGGAGCAUAUAAUAAUUUGGAAGGCUUACUUCUACAAGUUGAUAGAAAUCUAGAUGAUAAGCAACAUUCUUUAGCAACAGAUGUGAUGUGUUUAGAUAUGAGAGCAACAUUAAAAACAGGAGAUAGAACACGAUUGCCAAAUGAAACAGAUCGUAACAUUGUUCUUACACGUAUGGAAAAAGAAAUACCACUUGAAUCAUGAAUUAAUUGGAAUUUUUUAUAUAAAUUUAAAAAGAAUAUUUAUUAGAUACAUAAAAUAUCUAUUUAUUAUAUUAUUUAAUAUUUCCAUUGCACACACUUUACUAUUUAUGUAUGCAAUGUUUGUAUAUCAUUUUUAAUAGCAUCUGGAUUGGCUUUAAUUAAACUGUAUUCUGAAAUAAAUAAAUCUGUCAAUAUUGGUUCUAAA